AUGAAGUAUCUUUGGACUUUGGUGACCACUCUUGAAUUGGUUGAUUUUAAAGAUGAAAGGCCAGAGAAAUUUGAUGGGUUUGUUAGUCAUGUCUUACAACAUUGCAAGUCGAUUAACUUGGAAAAAUUCCGUUUGGCUUGUCGAGAAUCAAGGGACUUGUGCCUUAUAGACGAUUGGAUUUCUUCUGCAGUGAGUCGAAAACCUAAACAGCUUAUCUUGGAUUUGUUUGGUGAUACUAUCAAUUUCAGAGAAAUCGUACUUUCUUCGUACCCUACUUGCAGCAUUACCUAUAACACGAUUGUAAUCCUCAAGUUGAAGUCAUGCUUCGAGAUUGAGAUACCUGAAUCAUUGGCCUCUUUUCCGUGUCUCAAAAUCCUGCAGUUUACGGGCUGGUUUCCUUACGAAAACCAUUGCUCUGCAUUAGACAGACUACUCUCUAACAGUCCUGUGUUAGAGGAUUUACACCUUGAGGGAUAUCUUGAAUCAGAAGCUGAAUUUGAGUUUGAUUUAUGUGUUCCUACUCUGAAGCGAUUGAGGUUAAAUCUGAAAACUGAUGUACACGGAGUUCAUCCACACACUGUCACCAUUGAUGCCCCGAAGCUGGAAGAUUUCGAUAUAGCAGAUGGAACUUGUGCAGAGUAUGUAAUGAAGAAUGUGGGUUCUUUAGAUUUUGUUGAUGUUGAUUAUGAAGCCUCUUGGACCGAUGUUCCUGAAGAUGAUCAUAUUCGUCGACUGCUUGGGCUUCUUUUUGGCAUUGCUAAGACUAAGGAAUUAUCAAUAUCUGUUGAUUCUUUACUGAAUCUGAAAUCAUCUGUCAGUCGCCCUUGGCCACAAUUUUCCCAUUUUGACGGCGUUGGAGUUGGGGAGUAUCUGCUGAAAAAUGGUCAAGUGCUACAGGCUAUGGUGAUCACAACCGAUCCUUAUCCACUAGACGAUGAGAUGGAGGAGGAAAUACUGAUGUUUGAUACAGCUUCCGAGACUUGUGAGGUCCAUGUUUACGAGAAGGUAAAGAGGAAGCUUUCUGAGAAAGAUUUGGAUUUACUGGAAGUAUUAUUUGAUGGAGACUUCCAACAUAUUCGUUCUAUCUAA